ACCUCUUCAAAGACAAAGGAGGCCCUCCAUCAGCACUCAGUCUCUCCACGAGUCCAGCACAAGAAGCUCCAAGAUGCCGGACACAAUCAUGUCCAAGGAGCCCAGUUCCAACCUGGAGAGUGCCAUGCAGAUGCUCAUAAAGACCUUCCACAAGUACUCGGGGAAGGAGGGUGACAAAUACACACUGAGCAGGGGUGAACUGAAGGAGCUGCUACUGGAGGAGCUGGGGACUUACUUAGGGAACUCCAAAGAUAAUGAAGCAGUUGAGAAGGUGAUGAACGACUUGGAUGCCAACAACGACGGGGAGGUGGACUUCACCGAGUUCAUCAUCCUGAUGGGGGCCCUCACCGUCGCCUGCAACGACUUCUUCCUGGAGUUUAAAUCAGAUGACAAACCGAAGGACGACAGCAAAGGCAGUUCGGCGGAGUAGAAAGAUUAAA